AUGGGCUCUUUUGGGAUGGAGUGGAACCAGAGGAGCUCGGUGCUGUGGGACUGGGAGAAUUUCCCGCCGAUAGGCGAGAACCCCAAGAAUGCGAUGCAGGCCGAUCCAAGAUUUGCCGCCGUUGCGGCUACCAUGGGGAACGAACCGCUCCAUUCUUCUGGCGGCAGCGGCAGCGGCAGCGGCAGCGGCAACUUCUCUUCCAGCUCGGAGAUGGGAUAUGGCUCUUCCAAGAGCUCCAUGUCCGCGUCGAUCGAUUCUUCGUCCAAGGCUGGGAACAACAUGGAGUUCAGAUUUGCGCCCGUCAAAAACACUGAUAGGAACAUGAGCAAGAAUACCGAGCUGGGUAAAGUUGAUAACACGAGAACUGGAACAUCUCCGUCGCCUGUGGUGGCAGUGAGCAGUGGGGAGCCGGUGAUCGGCCUGAAGCUCGGCAAGAGAACCUACUUCGAGGAUGUCUGUGGAGGGCAGAGUGUCAAGAGCUCGCCAUCGGGUGCUGCGAGCGCGCCAAACAAAUCUCCUGCUGUGGGCAAGAAGGCAAAGGCGGAACAACAGAAGCCACAUAACUCAUACUGUCAGGUUGAAGGCUGCAAAGCCGAUCUCUCUACUGUUAAAGAUUACCAUCGGAAGCACAGAGUCUGUGAACUUCACGCUAAGGCUCCCAAAGUUGUUGUCGCUGGUCUGGAGCGACGCUUUUGCCAACAGUGCAGCCGGUUUCAUGCUUUAGCCGAGUUUGACCAGAAAAAGCGAAGCUGCCGUAGGCGUCUCAAUGAUCAUAAUUCCCGCAGGCGCAAGCCACAGCCAGAAGCAAUUUCUUUCAGUUCAUCAAGGAUGUCUACAAUGUUUUAUGAUGCAAGGCAACAGCCAAAUUUCCUAUUCGGUCAGGCUCCUUAUGUUCAAAUGAGAAGCUGUGGAAGUUCUUCAUGGGAUGACCCAGGAGGCUUCAAAGUUACACACACAAAAGCUCCUUGGUUAAAGCCAACAACUGCUGCAGGUGUUCAUGGGAUGCAUUUAUCUAGUCAGCAGAUGUCGGACAAUAUUAUGCCGCAUGGUGCACAUCAUGGUUUCGAUGGGUUCAUGUCAUUCAAGGGAACUUGUACAAAGUUCCCUAAUCAAGGUGUCCAAGCUUCUGCUGUUGCUUCCGACUCCAGUGGAGCCCCGGAUCUUCAGCAUGCUCUCUCUCUUCUGUCAAGCAACCCAGUGGGUGCUGCCAACCUCCAGCCAAGUCCCCAGAUGCACUCUGGGGUGGCAGCCAUUGCCGGCGCCCCCAACCCCGCGAUGCACGCGCUGGGAUCAUCGGUGGGGCUCUGGCUAGACGGCGGCCAGCCCCUCGAUGAUCACCCGCGGUUCCAGGUCUUCGAGCGCUGGGGGGACCAUGACAGCGAGCUCCAGCUCCCAAAGCCUUCCUACGACCAUGCCUCGCACUUCGACCGGAUGCACUGA